CACCCUUCUGAAAGACUAUGCCUGUUACAUUGAACCCUUCCACUUCAAGCCAUCUCUUUCUCAUUUUUAAACCUUCUUUUCUUUUUCUCACGUUUUCUUGACUUUCUUUGGCUUUACAGAUCUCCAUCUUCUUCUUUCAUCCAACUGUUCUUCAUAUUCUUGCGCAUGAAUAAUGUCGUCGUUGAAAUUGUUCUAGACUCAAAUUAAUUGGUUCGAUUUGAACCAUUUCUUUAUCGGUGCAUAUCUUCUUCUAGUUUCAAAUUCGAAAGAAGCAGAGACGAACAUGGCAGAAUUAAGAAAGUAUCCUGAUGCGGGUUGUGGCCCUAUAACGGGGAUUUUCAAGCGGUGGAGCUACUGGCAGAGGAAGUCAUCAGUACCUUUCUUGCCUGCAAAGAGUAGCAACGGCGUCGUUUCGAAGCCUCGGAGCAAGCCGCAACAAAAAUCCGUUGAGACUGCUCGUCAUGAGUCCUCCAAUUUGGCUAAACCUUCAAAGAAGCAAGAAGAAAAGUUGACCAGGAAAGCCAACUUAGUGGAACCUCGGAUUUCAACUACUUUCCGUCAUGAAGGCCACAGUCAUAGAAGACUUUCAGAUGCCGCUCGAAGCUCAUCGUCUUCCUCUUCUUCUUCAGUUCAACAGAGAAUGCAACGAACCCAUGAUUCGCCCAAUGAACAGAAGUUGAAGAAAGAGUCUCCGGGUGGCUCGGCAGAGCUUACCAGGAUGAUGAACACAAAUGAUCAUCACCAACAUUCAAAUGACAAAAAAGCUCUUGUUCGAGUUACUUCAAGCCACAUAAUGCUCUUAGGUAACUUGAACACUAACUGUCCUAGUUCAACUCCUAAGACUGUGGAUUACCUUCAGAAGAACACGCAACAAGUCACAAGCUGCAUGUCUAAACCCAGAUACGGACAUAGUAUACCUGGCAUUAAUGGUGUCAUGGGCAAUAUAAUACGACAACCCAGUGACGAGUUUCAACAAUGUCGUGGUCUCAUGAGUAGGUUGGAUCCAGAAACGUUGAAAAAGAUGGGAAAUGAAGCAUACAAGCAAGGCAGGUUCCAAGAGGCAUUGGAUUUCUAUGAACGAGCAAUUGCUCUUGAUUCGAAGAAGGCAGCAUACAGGAGCAACAAGAGCGCAGCUUUGAUUGGCUUAGGCCGGCUUACUGAGGCGGUGUUUGAGUGCAAACAGGCUAUUCAACUCGACCCGACUUAUCAAAGAGCUCAUCAUAGAUUAGCAACACUUUAUAUCAGACUGGGAGAGGCAGAGGGAGCAAUUCAUCAUUAUAAACAAGCAGGCAAACUUUCUGAUCGUACAGACAUUUCCCAUGCUCGAGAUCUUCAAGAACGCUUGAUUAAAUGCAAUGAGGCUCGAAAAUUAAAUGAGUGGAAUAUUUUGCUGAAGGAAACAAAGUCGGCUAUUUACUCUGGAGCCGAUUCCGCUCCUCAGAUCUAUGCCCUGCAAGCAGAGGCUCUACUGAAGCUCCAUAGACAUCAAGAGGCCUACGAGUCGUACCUGAAGGCACCAAAUAUUAGCAUAGAAAUUUAUAUCAAGCUUUUUGGCCUGGCUGUUAGUUCUUAUAUUCUGAUGAUUGAAGCAGAAGUUUACAUGGCUGCUGGAAGGUUUGACGAUGCGGUGGCAGCAGCGCAGCAAGCAGUUCGGAUUGAUCCAAGCAACAGGGAAGUAAAUACAGUGGUUAAGAAGACAAGAGCUGUGGCAUCAGCUAGAUUAAGCGGUAACUUGCUCUUUAAGGCAUCAAAGUUCAGUGAGGCCUGCAUUGUAUACAGUGAAGGACUAGAACACGGUCCAUACAACUCAGUUUUGCUGUGCAAUAGAGCUGCAUGUAGAUGGAAACUAGGCCAAUUUGAAAAGGCUAUCGAAGAUUGCACUGCAGCUCUCGAAGUGCAAGCUUGUUAUAGCAAGGCCAGACUGCGGAGGGCAGAUUGUAAUGCCAAGUUGGGAAGAUGGGAAGCUGCAAUUCAAGACUAUGAGAUGUUGAUUAGAGAAAGUCCUGGUGAUGAGGAAGUAGGCAGAGCCUUGUUUGAUGCCCGAGUGCAGCUUAAGAAACUACGCGGUGAAGAUGUUAAAGACAUGAAAUUUGGGUUCAAUAUGGUCUCGAUCUCCAGCAAUGAACGUUUUAGACACUUUGUAACAUCACCUGGGAUGACGGUGGUAUUAUUUUGUAAUAAGGCCAAGCACAAACAAGUAUGGCAACUUAUGGAGCAAGUCUGCAAGAGAUUCCCAUCUAUCAAUUUCCUCAAGGUGGAGAUAGAAGAUCAUCCAUAUUUGGCAAAAUCAGAGGGUGUGAACUCCGUCCCAUCCUUCAAGAUAUACAAAAAUGGAUCUCGAGUCAAAGAAAUUCCUGGCAACAACCGUGAUUUGUUAGAAAGAUCUGUUAAAUUGUACAGUACUUGAAGAUCAAAACAAGGUAGAAAAAAGAACAAAUGAUUGAAAAAAAAAGGAAAGAAAAAAGAAAAAGAACCCACAAGAAGAAAAUAAUAUAUAAUUAUAUAAGUGGGCAGUCUCAUCUGGCCGUAUGAAAUGGCCAGCAUUGCAGAUAAAUGAGAGAAUAGAUUUAAAGGAAAAGAAAAAAUAGAGAUUGGGCUUUGCUUGAUGACAACUUUUUUCUUUUCAACAAGAAGAAACAAAGAGUAAUAAUAACAAUAAUAAUAAUAAUUACU